GGGCGGCAGUGCAGUGCGCUAUGUGCGGUGGGGUGGGUGGUGCUGAGUGUCGGCGUGUGGUGUGAUUAUCAUGGCACUCAUGGCACCCACUGGAGACUCGCAUCUGGAUUUCACUCCGCUCGAUGUUAAGGUGAAACAUGAGGUGGAGCCCAUCUGUCCGGGCUACCCGGCACUGCACAUCGGAACAGAAUACACAUCGUCCUUGACAACGCUGCACAAAUCGAUCGACAACCUGACGCGGACGACGCUGGCGCCGGCCACGAAGCCGGAUCCCCCGCCGUCCGACCCGCCCGAUACCAGCAAACACACGGACCCCAACACCAAGCCGCCCUACAGCUACGUCGCCCUCAUCACCAUGGCCAUCAAGAAGGCGCCCGAGAAGCGGCUCACCCUCUCCGAGAUCUACCAGUUCAUCAUGGACAACUUCCCCUACUACCAGAAGAACCAGAAGGGCUGGCAGAACUCGAUACGGCACAACCUCAGCCUCAACGAGUGCUUCGUGAAGAUCCCGCGCGAGGGAGGAGGCGAGCGCAAGGGCAACUUCUGGGCCAUCGACCCGCACUACGAGGACAACAUGUUCGAGAACGGCAACUUCCGGCGGCGGCGGCGGAUGAAGCGGCCCUACCGGCCGUCGGCCUUCCCCCGCCCUCUGAUCGGCGACAGCUGGUCACCACUCCUCGGACACAACUCGAGGAGCUUCUUCCCCGCCGCCACCACCUACAACAGUGGCAGCUGGCCGCUGACACACGUGCAGCCCCACCUGCCUCCGAUGGGUAGCCAGCAGCUGUCGUACAGCUCCUACCAGCCGCCGCCGCGCACUAGCGCCCAGACCUUCUCACCAUUCGCGCCGCUCACAACACAGCUACCCCCGGUGGCGCCCAUCCAGCCGGUGCCGCUCUCACCGAUGGACCCCUACGUCGGGCCACUGACGUCACAGUUCAACGCCGUCUCAGCGGCGGCGGUCAGCUCCAGUCCCGUGUUCAGCCCCAGUUCGGGGUUCAGCUCGUUCCAGCGCCAGCAGGACAUGGUUACACCGACCCUGCCCCGCUACCCACGGUCCUACUGAUUAUACCAUCCUCCACACCGACACUGCCCCUCUACCCCGGUCCUACUGAUUCCGUCCUUCCCCUCACCACCCUCUCCGGCUCUUCUGAUUCCAUCCCUCCCCUCCAAAGCCCACCCUCGACCCCUCCCAGGUGCUCCAUGAGUGGUCCCGGGAGGUCUCAGAUGUAGGAUGUCUGUAGGAUGUCCCGCUCCGGCUUUUGCACCUCUGAUAUUCACGGUUCACCCUCGCACUUAUUUUUCGUGCACAUUCAUAGUGCGCCUUAUCGUAUCUCGCUAUUUAAAUAAAAGAUAUGUAAUGUGCUUUAGUGAGUACAAGCGAAAUUUCUCACAUUUAAAUGUUUGCACUGCUUGAUGUGAUGCACUAAAACAUGGUAUGUACCUAAUUGUUGCUACAUACAAAUGCGAUACCUAUGCAUUCACUUAGUAAUAGGUAACUAUAUUCCGAAGUAAUUGUGAUUAGACACCUAAGAUAAUGUUUUUGGAUACACAGAAAUGGCGCGAAACUGUUCAUGAAGCAAUGUCGCAGUAAAACCGGCCAGAGCCACGAUGCAAACACAUACUAGUUAAGUCGUUCCGAAAUGAAUGGAUCCUUGAUCCCAGUCACCCCUCCCACUGCUGGCUUAUUGGAAGUCGACCAGAGGCCGAAACGUCAACGGCCUGCUGCUGCUGACAGCGUCGGCCGGCCCCGGAGCAGCUGCCGGUGUCGCUCAGCCGCCGGAUGGACCGACGGGACGCGACGGGACCGACGCGGAGACCGUCGGCCGCCACCGGCACGGGCAGCCUCAGGAACGACGGACGCGGAUGUGACAGCCCAGCGCAUUCCCCGCUGAGUGCCUCUCGCUGGGGCCCAUUCCCUCGCCGACCGACCCGCGCCGAGUGACCCAGUGGUCACCACUCCGGUGACCUGCCACACCGGCCUCCGGAACUGACUCAUCACGAUCGGAGACCUCCGUAGGGUCAUGAGGAUCGCCAACAUGAGCCGAUAAGUGCCCGCGCGAUGUGUCGGUGAUCCCGCUCGGUUAGGGGAGGGGGGUGAAAUCUCGCCAUCGUCGACUGUCGGUGCCGUCGGAGACGCCGUCGGCGGAGGAGGUGGCAGCGUGGGCGGGCCGUCGUUUCUUGCCGAGCAUCCUGUCAGCACCGCCGCUGCCGCCUCCACCGCCGCCGCCGCCGCCGCCACCACCGCCGUCAAGGCGGGGGCGGGAUGAGGGGCCCAGCAGGUGCCACCGUGCGGGUGCGGGGGGUCGCCGCUGGCGACGGACGAUAUCCCAUCGCGGGACCCUGCAGCAGGCACCUACCUGGAGUGCGCGGGCAUGUCGGCGCCCCAAAAGGACGCCAGCGCACGGGUGUUGGUUCCUGUCAACUGUGAUGACGGCGUCCGGUGAGCGACUAAGGUGCGGCUCGGUGGCAGGACUGCGGGACGAACAGGACGAGACAUUCGGGGCAGAGGGAGAGGGAGAGGGGCAGGAGGUGUGAGCUGUACUGGCGUGCUUAUGAAUGCCAAAUGGUGCCUUGAUUGACACGUUAUUGGUUGUUGUGGCCGGUAUUAGAAGUUAUUGUGGUUUCUUUUCAUGUGAUCUGUACAAUGAUUGCGAAUCAUGAAACUAGAGUCACGUUUGUACAUACAUUGCACAAAAUAGUACAUAUUUACAUAAGUAGUUAUUUAUGUACUUCUCUCCCUAGUUUAUCUUUUCGUUCCGUUCGCUCAUUUUUCAUCUGUGUAUCUCGAUUAAUAUGAUCAGUUUUGAAACCAUGUCUCGCGUUUCAACGAACUGGCAUAGUUGCAUUUUAUAAAAUUUACGCUACGUAAGUUCAUUUACCUGGCAUAGCUAUUUCUAAUGCUCGUUUUCCUUCAUUGGGGUCAUAGACGUUUUGUGAAGAAAAAAAACACACAUGUCGUCAGUGUUUAGCUGAUCAUUUUUUGCUAGUUCUAACGCACUGGUUGGAAUACAUAUUUCGAUUUACAUAUUACGUAUUACAUAUUUCCGAUUUAAAAUUUGUAUCUUUAUUUGACCUCUGGUUUCAACCUAACUCUAGCUGAAAGGAUUGAUAUUUUUAUAAAUAUGUAAAUACUUAGAAAAACGAUGAAAAGAUCUAACCUGCUUAACAGGGUUGUGCUUGACUCAUGAGUCGAGUCAGGAAUUUGACUCAACUCUGACUCAAAUGAGUCAGAUUUGAGUCGAGUCGGAUAAAAUGUUGAGCUGUUGAGUUGAGUCAGAGUUGAGUCGGACAAAAAUAUUAAGGCGUUGAGUUGAGUCAGAGUUGAGUCAGUAAAAUAACUUUUGACAUUAAGUUGAGUCAAACAUUUAGGAACAUGAGUCAGCUGACUCAACUUUCUAGAAACAAGCUUUUCAUCCCCCCGCUUAACAACUUCGCCCUGGCUCUGCUGCCGGAUUUUUUUUCACCCCCGCCCCCGCUCAACAACUUUUUUAUCUGAGUCAAUUUUGAGUCAACUCACUUGACUCAACAAAAAAUUUGAGUCAAGUUUGAGUCGACUCAUAAUUUUCAUUGAGCCGCUUGAGUCACGAGUCGAGUCAAGGGCAAAAAUAAGCUCCUUGUUUGAGUCAGAGUUGAGUCAGGGCUUUCUGAAGUUGAAUGAUGAGUCGAGUCGGCAAAUUUUUUUGAGUCGAGCACAACCCUGCUGCUUAAACUAUGAAUGCUUCUACAUUCUACAACAACUUCCACAACUUCCACAAGGCUUCCACAACAUCUGUGCUUCUAGUGCUUAAAAUGCAUAAAAAGAAUAUGACUGAUUUUGUGGUCUGUGGAUGGGAUGCUUUUGUGGUUUUCGUUUUAUGAGAGCCAAUAUUGUUCUUGUGCUAAUGUUUUGUAACGUGCCUUUCCGAACUGUCUCGCGUGAAUAAAAAGAAGUGUAACGUGAAUAAAAGUUCAGACUUCUA